AUGCUCCCACUGCUCCUCCUGCUCCUGGCAGCGGCCCACGGCCUGGCGAAUCUCACGUACGUGCCGACCCUGGCCAGCACCCCCCUGGGGGGCCUGACGACCACCUCCACCUUCGUGCUGGAGCAGCCCCGCUGCGUCUUCACCCAGCUGCAAGACGACGCCGUCAUCUGGCUGGUGGUGGCCGUCCCCGAGGCCGUAGAGAACUUCAACAACAGCAUGGGACCGGGGACCCCCCACUGGGCCUUCCAGAACUUCCCCACCAGCGCCCAUGCCUACAUGACCCUCAACACCACCAUCCUCAACUACCCCUGCCCCAAACCCCCCGGGGAGAUCACUGUGCUGCGCGUCGGCAGCGAGACCAGCUGCAUCGAGGAUAAGACGAGACCCACCUGCAACGGCCCCCUGCCCGGCCCCGGGCCAUACCGGGUGAAGUUCCUCGCCCUGGACGGCUCCAAGCCCGUGGCCGAGACAGCCUGGUCGGAGCCCAUCACCCUGAGGACAGCCCAGCCGCUCAGCAGCAUCCCCGUGAUGGGCAGCGGGCACAGCGCCGGCAUGAUCGCCCUCACCUCCAUCCUCUCCAUCCUCUUUGCCAUCCUGCUGGCCGGCCUGGUGGCCAUGCUGGGCUUCUGGGGCAGCCCCUUCAGCAAGCCAGAGGCGGUGACGGUGCGGCGGUACAACACCCACCACGCCUACGACCAGCCGGCCGCCCGGCUCUGA